AUGGAUCAACAGCACAGAAGGGCGCCCCAGGUCGUGGUUUUCACGGCCUCCGCGGCCAUCUACGCUGACAAGGUGCUGGAUUGGCUGGACCCAGGACGGAGACUCAUCUCCUACCGUCUUUAUCGUGAGGCAUGCACAGAGCUUGCAGGUGGCCACUUCAAGGACCUACGACGUCUUGGACGAUCGUUGGACGAUGUGGUUCUGGUGGACAACUCACCGUUGGCCCUGGGCCUGCGCCCGGAGAAUGGGAUGUUGAUCAGCAGCUGGUACGGGGACGACGAUCAGGUCGCAGGGGGAUGGCAGCUGGCAGCUGGAUCAACCACGACCGUAUCAGCUAUGGCACGUUUGCAUUGGCUGGAUGACCUUGGAAAGUUCCUGGAACCCGAGGCCUUCAUCGAUGAGUUGACCCACCAGAGCUUCGCCGUGGUCGCUGCCCCAGCGCGUUUGGCGUCCCCCGUGGCCGCCGUUUUUGCAGCGCCUCAGGGGUUGCUGGGGCACAGCGGUGCCAAUGGGCCCUUGGUGUGGAGCUUUAAAAGGCAAGGGGAGUUGAAGGAGCGGAGUCAGGUCCGGAGAGUGAGCUGUGAAGCAGGAGAUCCCGAGGAUUUGUUGUGGGCCUCCUUCGAAGUCAUGGAGCAGCUGGCGGCCGAAGCCAUGGACGCCUGGUGCGCUCGCUUAGAGGUGCCCUCUGAAGCGGCGCGGCGGAGCUUUGGAGAUCUCUCCUUCGCUGCGGAAGAGGCAACGCACCAGGAGCUUGGCAAAGGCAAAUCUGUGCUCAACCUCUACCACUACUUCAACUCGCCCACUUGUGACGAGGAGCCCUGCCGUUCCCAUGCGGAUCCGGGUCUCCUCACGGUGCUGGGCCGCUCCACAAAGGCUGGGCUGCAGGCCGUGCGGCCGCUGACGCCUGGGAAGGCGCCGGGACGGCCUGCCAGCUACGGGGAGGAGUGGCUGGAUCUGGAACUGCUGAUGGAUGACCUGGGACGAGGACAGGCGCCCCACGUGCCCUUUCUGGUCCUGGUGGGCGAAACCAUGGAGCGUCUCAGUGGUGGAUGGCAUCCCAGUUGUGUGCACCGCGUGAAGCGAAGUGAGGAGCCCGGAGAAAGGCGCUUCAAUAUGGCCUUUGAGCUGCGACCCCGGUGCAACGUGUGGCAUCCCUGGCGAAAAAUGCUGGAUGCGGUGGAGACGGCGCCUGAGACGGAGCCAUAGCUGUGCCAAGGGGCCCAAGACCCGGGAGAUCCCGGGAGCUACGGAGCUGCUGAGCUAAGUUGCUUCAUUUGAA